CAUGCGCGCCAGGGUUUGCAGCUGUGGGAGCUGUGGUGUCGUUGGCGAUGGAGACGGCGGGGAAGCCGUUGAAGCCGGCGGGGUCUUCUCCUCCUCCCAGCGCUUGAGUCGGUGUCUCACCGGGCGGGCAGCCAUGGGGCUGAGCUCCAGCUCCGAGGUUCCCGAUGGGGGCUCCGAGGGUUAUCAUGUGCACGGGAUUCAGGAAAAUUCCCCUGCUCAGCAGGCUGGAUUGGAGCCAUUCUUUGAUUUCAUACUUACCAUAGGACACACCAGACUGAAUAAAGAAGGCGACACCUUGAAAGAUCUACUAAAAGCCAAUGUUGAGAAAGCUGUGAAACUGGAAGUCUACAACAUAAAAACAAUGAAAGUGCGCGAAGUGGAGGUCAUCCCCAGCAAUAUGUGGGGAGGGCAGGGACUGCUAGGGGCUAGUGUGCGAUUCUGCAGUUUCCAAGGCGCCAAUGAACACGUCUGGCACGUGCUGGAUGUGGAGCCAGCUUCUCCGGCAGCCUUAGCUGGCCUGAAGCCCCAUUCUGACUAUAUAAUAGGAUCGGAUCAGAUACUCCAUGAGUCUGAGGAUUUCUUCUCCUUGAUUGAUUCCCAUGAGGGAAAGCCUCUGAAGCUAGUGGUCUAUAACACGGAAACGGAUUCCUGCCGAGAGGUUUUUGUAACCCCCAAUGGAGCCUGGGGUGGAGAAGGAAGUUUAGGAUGUGGUAUUGGAUACGGCUACCUUCACCGAAUUCCCACACAAGCCGCUACCCCCAAGAGAGCAGCUGAGACUUCCUUGUCUUCGCCCUCUGGAGACGCACCCCCCGAAUCCCCAGCUAAUGGCUACAUGGAGGCUUCCUUGAUGGCACCUAACCACCAAACUGAAGAAACCGAGAGUUUGGGUUACAUCUCCAAUCAAAGUGUGACUGCCUGUUCAUUAGAAAAUUCCCUGCACCUUCCUGCUCCUCCUCCUCCUGUCCAGAGAGUCAUGGAUCCAGAUUUUAUAGAUAUGUCCGGAGCUUCUUUUCCUGAAUUAAUUGAUUUAGUAAAAACAGCCCACGUGCCUUCCUCUCCGUCUUUCACCUUAUCAGAUGUUCUGGAAGCUUCUGGAAGCUUAUCCACAUAUAGUGAAACUCCUUCAUAUUUUGACCAGGCUUCUCUUCCGUUCUCAGAAGAAUUGGGAUCUCUUCAAGCAGACAAGAGCUGCCAUCCCGAAUUCCUCGAGGGAAAGUUUUCCAUGUCUCCUCCGCCAGCUCUUCCUAUGGACGUGACUCCAGAUACACCAUCUGGACUGGAUGCUGAUGCUCAGGAAACUGUUGAACACCUCAGUGUUGGGGUUGAGACCGCCAUGCCACCCAAAACAGACAGCAGUGACAAAAGUGCCCAGGAAUUGAUCAAUGAAUCCAAAGAGGCCUAACUAAGCUUUUCAGAGGACAUAUUUCACCUUUGGGCUUUGAAGCUGUUGGCACCGGAAAGCCCCGGUUUUACGUGCUGCAGAAACAUUUGAUUGAUUUCUGAAUCUCAGUAAAUUCAGCUUCCUUCAAUCACACUAUUGACUCUGGGGCCUGUAUGCCCAUGUUAGUUCUGCUUAGUGGCAACACUAAUGAUAGGGAGUUCAGAAAGAAGAAUUCUUCCUCCUCUUUUUUUUUUUUUUAAAAAAAGAGCUUCCUGUCUCUAGCUGCUCAUACAUUUUAAAAAAGGAAGGGCUCUGUGAGCAAUAUCAGCUGCACCAUAGCACUACCAGAGGGGGCAGGUAGGAAUUGAUGGGGGCCUUUGAGACUGUUUUUUGAGUUGUUAAAGCUUAAAAGAGGUGCCUUAAGCCUCUCUGGCUUAGUGUACCUGUUUUGCUCUAUAUUUGCUUCCCAAGUCCACCCCCCCCCUUGGAAAACUUCUACUUCAACUCCCAGAAUUCCUGAGCCAAGUGGCUCAGCAAUUUUGGGAGUUGAAGUCUACAUGUCGUAAAGAUCCCAUAGUUGCCCACUCCUCCCUUACGGUAAGCCAACUGCAGCUGAUAAGAAAUGCAGGAAAACUCCUUAUAGUAGGUGUGGACUUCCAACUCCCAGAAUUCCUGACCCAGCUGGCUCAGGAAUUCUGGGAGUUGCACAUGUUUUAUGAUUGCCAUAGUUGCUCAUCCCUGCCUUAAGGUAAGGCUUUUAAAUUGGGGGGAGGGGGGGAGUUUGCAAAUGUAAUUGUUUCUGUUACCUCUGUGUCCUAUCCCAUUGAUUUGAGAUUAUUUUAUUUGAAAAAAUUUAACUUAGAAUUUUAAUAGGAAGAAUACCAUGAUCUUUUACUCUAAAAUCCCAUCUCACCCGUAAUAAAAAUCAACCCGUUUAAUCCUCUUUGAUCCAUUUGAGUCUCUGCCCUACACCCAAGGCUUCCUGAAACGCACGAACAGAAUUAAGACCUCAAGAGAAGUAUGCUUCUUUCUCUGACCCCAGCAGAUUCCAUGAAUGGGACGGUUUGGGUUUCAGUAAGAGUGGUGCCCACGUGUAAAAGAACGCAGUCUCAUUAUGUAGGUAUAUUGGGCUGGGAAUUUCCCCUGACCUCUGUUUUACGUUUCACCCUAGAGAGCUAUAAUCAUUAUUCACUGCUGCAGAAGGUUUAUAUGCAACCCCAUGAAAACUCUCUUGGAAUAGUAGCUGAAGAAUCAAAGGACACUAGCAAUGUAGGAUUUUUAAAUGCCUGUUCUAAAUUACGAGUUGUUGCUUCAUGCUGUGCCAGAGGCCUGGCCAAUUACUGUCAAGCUACCUUAUGUCUGGUGAGAGGUGUUAGUACAAUGGCACUAAAUCAAUAUUUAAUCUGAGGUGCAUGCUACCAAGCCAUCUUGUAAUGCAGUGGUGCCUCUUAAAAUGGAAGCAUUCUUUUCUGCUGAUGUGGAAAGUGAGCAAGAUCGCUUCUAAUAUGAAUAAUGGAGCAAAUUGGUAACACUAAAUCAAGUGUUUCUCAACGUCAGCCACUUUAAGAAGUAUGGACUUCUAAUUUCCAGCAUUCCCGAGCCGACAGACCGGCUGGAGAUUUCUUGGAGUUGGAAGUCCCUGCAUCUUAAAAGUGGUGAAGGUUGAGAAUCAGUGACCUACAUGCAGGAAUGGGCUUUCAAGGAUCAUUUUCUGUUGGUUGUUUCUGAAAUUUAUUUAGUUAUUUUUAAAGAUUGCGAAAGUUGCCCAUCUGUGUUUUAAGAGAGAUUUAUUCUAACCUGAAGCCAUUUUAUUGUUGUUUUUAGAAUUUCUUUAACUUGGUACGUUGUCAGCUACUAAAGUCUUGCAAUGAUUUACA